CCUUGCGUGAACCAAACACCUCAGUCCCACGUAUGCUCCUUAAUCUGUGCGUCUUUCUAGAGAAGACAUCUUGUCAUUUGUCAACGCAUUGCCUCGGAGUCGGCAGCUUGCAGGGCACGCACACGCAGCGUCGCAAAAUUUAAAAUUUCUAAUGAGCCGGUGAUGAUGCAGAAAUAACACACACACACACGGGCGCGACAGGAGGCCUCCAUGGUCAGCUACCAACCCGGCGCGACGCGCGGCGACAACAGAAAACGGUGCCCCGCCCCGAUGCUGCGUCGCAGUAAAAGCUCGCGCGUCAGUCAGACGAGUACCUCCCUCCCUCCAUCUGCGCCCCUGUGUCGCGCCGAUGGAGUACCAUAGCUGAGGCUACACACCGACAGCGGGCUUACUGAAAAGGGUCGGCCUUCCAUACCGCCCGUCCUCCUCUCCUCUCUUGCCAAACGUUGCCGGUCCCGAGCCCCAUUCCUCGCUUCGACGCCACACCAAUACUCGCUAUAAAUGCACGCACAUCCAGCCAGCCAGCCAUUGGAGGAGGUUCCAUUCCAUUCUCUUCAGCCUCGUAGCCCCACUCACUCACCGGCCCCAGCUUCCCUUCUUCUUGUUCGUCUUCUUCUUCUUGGCGGCUCAUUUGGUCUCCGUGCUGAACCAGAUGGCGAAGGCGAGGAGGCGUCGCGUGCCGGCGUUCGGGGAGUGGAACUACAACUACCACCACGACGAGCCGCAUGCGGCGGCGGCGACCGCGUGCUACGCCACGCCGGAGCCGGAGGCCUGCAGCGACGUGUGGUUCAGGUACUCGCCGCCCCCGGGCAAACCCACGCCCAAGAAGCAGGCGAGGAGGCGGCCCGAGGGCGACGUGUCCCGGGAGCGCUCGACGGCCAAAGGCGGCGACUCCAGGCGGGUGGUGCGGCCAGUCGACGGGGACCUGUACCAGGUGCCACCGCCGGAGCUCGCCCCCCACCGGGGGCCGAGGAAGACGGGGAGCAUGUGGAUGGGAUGCCUGGGCCUCAGCUCAUGCGUCGACUGAACCCAACAUGUCCUGAUGAUCGACGGGAUGCUGCGUCCUGCGUGCGUGUUCAUUGCCGGUGUUAAUUUUCCCUUUCAGUUGCAUAUACACUGCUAGUUCCGUCCCAUAAUGUAAGAACUUUUUUGACACUAUACUAGUGUCAAAAUACGUCUUACGUCAUGGGGCGGUGGAAGUAGUUCUGUUCAGUUGGUAAUAUAUGCGGUUUUAGGA